AUGAAAGAGCAUGGACAGGUCAAUAGAGUUUCCAGAGUGAACCAAUCGGAAUUCAUGAUAGUAAUUGCUUGUGGCCAUGAAGUGAAAACUGGGCUGAAACCAAGAUUAGCAACGGAUGAGAUGCUAAGAUCCUUGACCAAUCCAAAUUUAUUGGAUAUCUGGUUCCAGAACAAGUGUUCAUCCGUUGAUCCAUUAAGGCGAAUAGUGAGCGUCUUGAAUUUCACUUGUUGCUCGAACAACUCAGAAAUUACCGUACGUCUUUAUGGUUUUGUACAUUGGUACAAUACGCCGUCCAAAAAGCUGGAUUGUUGGAUUGUCAAUCUUUCUAUCGAUAUGAAUACCAAUUUGGAACCAAUCUUUGAAAUCCUCAGGGUACACUUGGAUUCUUUCGAUCGUCAUGUCCAGAUGCACAUGAACUUUUUGAGAGUACAAACGAGCAUUAUUGAAUCGAGCCAAGGUUUUCUUCGAGCAGAGGGAGAGCUGGAUUCUGGAAUUACGGGAAGAAUUAGUCAGGAGUGCCUGUGUUUCGUGGCGAGACCACAGCUAGUCUAUGGGAAGAAUAACGGAUUGAUCGACCCUAGUCUCCAUUGCGCACACAGUCGCUCCGUUGUUUUCCUUGUGGUCUCGCCACGAAACGCAGGCACUCCUUCAACCGCAGAUUCUAUUUACACAUCUCAUUACUCCCUAUCGUUUUUCCUCAUUUCAUCCCCACCCGUCUCUGUCGAUGCCUCCCCUCCCCUCCUUCGUCUUCCCCGAUUGGUACUGUUCGAAGUAUUCAAAUCAUUGAGUAUAGGAGAGAAAAUCAAGCUCUCCAUCUGCUCCAAGAAAAUCUCCACUCAAAUCAAUAAUGCUCGUUUGUACUCUCAAAAAGUAAUAGUUGAUCUGGACUGCUUAUACCACAAUAUCAGAGUUUACUCUGAAAAUAGCAAAGAAAGAUUUUAUAUCUUCAAUAGCUCCGACACCGGAACAAACAUCGCUCCGGAUUGGCAACCGUAUCGAAUUGAAGGGCGUACUGUACCUGUGAUCUUCUGCUUCAAUAGCAUCCAAAUAUUUUGGAAGAAUCAUCAAGAAGGAUUUCUAUCUGUUGUUCGGUAUCUCUUGAAGAUAUUUCAAUGCAAGAUUUCAACUGAUAUCAGUGAUUUAUAUCAACCAAUAACUUUUGAACUGUUUGAACUACAACUGGAAUUCAAGACGCUUACUAUUCGCCCUAAUGGAUCAAAAAAUCAAAAUUUGUUAUGGAACAAGAUUUUCAGUAAAUUUGGAUUGGUUGAGGAUCUUAAUAUCUCAUAUAUUGUUGAUCCUGUUUCCAGACCAGUUUUCACUUCAUGGCCACAAAACAUUGAUAUCAGUAAUUCCUAUUGGUUCGCUUUGGAAUCUCUUUUGGUGUGCACUUGCACUAGAAUUUCACUCUUGAAUUCACAUUUGGAAAACAAGGAUUUGGAUGAGAUACUCAAGAAUUGGAAGGCUGGAGGAUUUCCGAAUCUAAAAUGUUUGAAAAUAUGUCGUCGAUUUAUUACAAAUAAUGGAACGAAGAUUUUGGGAUUGAAUUUCAGGGACUUAGAAGGAAUGGUUAUCCAAACUGAUGAUGGAUCAAGGAAUGCAACUAUUACAAUUGGCUCCUUCAUGAACUUCCACCGCAUUAAAAUUUCUAUAACUGCAUCUGAAUAA